CGUGCUUUGACGUCAGCAGCAUAUGGUACAGUUACCUAGGCAACAGAAGUCCAUCGUAAUUGGUUCAAUGCUUGCGUACAUACCUCACCGUGCGCACAUCUACUAAUAGUUGAAAAAAGAAGAUAUCCGAAACAUAUUGGAAAAUAACUUGAAAAUCGACGAGAUUGACGUCUUCUAAUAUCAACUAUUUAUUUUUUUAUAUCGCCAAAAUUCAUAUCGAUGAAGUCAUUGGUCUUCAAUAAUUUAUACUCAUAAUUUAUCUGUUCGACUUUGUACUUGUUUUUUUUGAUUGAAAAGCGAAAAUGGUAGCCGGCAAAGUAGCCUUUGUAACAGGCGCUGGCAGUGGCAUAGGUAGAGAAGUAUGCCGUAUUUUGGCCAAGCAAGGAGCUAGGGUUAUUGCUGCCGAUCGGAACUUAAAAAGUGCCAUGAAUACCAUUGCUUCUUUAAAUGAUCCUGGACAUUUGGCAUUAAAUAUUGAAGUUUCAAGUGAGCAAAGUGUCCAAGAAGCAUUUAAAAGUGCAAUAAACAAAUACUCAAUUCCACCCACUAUUAUAGUUAAUUCUGCUGGGAUCACACGUGAUCAGUUCAUUUUGAAACUUACCAAUGAAGAUUUUACUAAAGUACUUGAUGUAAAUUUAAAAGGAACAUUUUAUAUAAAUCAAACAGCAGUAAAAGAAAUUGUUAAUGCUAAUACAGGUAUAGGUAGUUCGAUUGUUAAUGUGAGCUCUAUUAUUGGGAAAACAGGGAAUAUGGGUCAAGCUAAUUAUGCAGCAUCAAAAGCUGGAGUAAUAGCACUUACACAAACUGCUUCUUUAGAGUUUGGACAAUUUGGAAUUCGCGUUAAUGCAGUACUACCAGGUUUCAUAGAAACGCCUAUGACGGAAACUGUACCUGAUAAUGUAAAGCAGUUAUUUAUAAAAAAGAUACCUCUUCACAGAAUGGGAAAACCAGAAGAGGUGGCAGAAGUAAUUACAUUUUUAGCAUCUUCCAAAAGUUCCUACAUAAAUGGUGCAUCUAUUGAAGUUACAGGAGGAUUGCAUUAAAUUUAUACAUACAUUUUUAGAUACAUAUGUAUAUACAGAAUAGACUAUUUAAAUUGGAUCUAAAUUAACUCCGUUAUUUUUAAAAAUAUGGAUAAAUUUUGUUAAUAAAAGUUAUUCAAUACUGAGAAGAUCAUAAUACAGCAGUAAUAAUUCAUUGUGGAUGGAGAGACUUUCGAAGACUUCAAAAUUAUCUCUACUUUUUUAAAUGUAAUGAUAUAUUUUUCUACUCGUUAAUCGAUGCAUUCUCUAUAAGAAAAUAUUCUUUACAAGAAAGUAUGUAAUCGAAAAACUGUUAAUUUAGGAAAUAUUUUAACUUUAAUUCUGUAAAAUCUAUGCAUAAAAGACAGGAACAGUAUGAACACAAAAAUACUAUCCCUGUUUUUAUUUGUCUUUCAUACGAUAGAUUUUACAGCAUUAAGAUUUAAAUAUCUCUCUAAUGGCUUUUCAACAUAUAUAGGUUAGUACUUUUUUAUAGAGAAUGUUGAUUAGUGAAUAAAAAAAUAUAUUAUUUCAUUUUAAAAAAUGGUGGCGACCUUAAAAUCUUCAAAACUGCUCCACUCACAAAAAGAUUAUUACUGCACUAUUAUACCUCCUUAGUACUGAAUAACAAAAUUUAUCCAC